AUGAAGGCUCUCCUUAUUCUGGGGCUUCUCCUCCUUUCCGUUGCUGUCCAGGGCAAGAAAUUUGAGAGAUGUGAGCUUGCCAGAACUCUGAAGAAAUUUGGAUUGGCUGGCUACAAGGGAAUCAGCCUGGCAAACUGGAUGUGUUUGACCUAUGGAGAAAGCCGUUAUAACACACAAGUUACAAACUAUAAUCCCAGAAGCAAAAGCACUGAUUAUGGGCUAUUUCAGAUCAACAGCAAAUGGUGGUGUAAUGACGGCAAAACCCCAAAAGCAGUUAACGGCUGUGGUAUAUCCUGCAGUGCUUUGCUGAAAGAUGACAUCACUCAAGCUGUAGCAUGUGCAAAGAAGAUUGUCAGUCAGCAAGGCAUUACAGCAUGGGUGGCAUGGAAAAACAACUGUAAAAACCGAGAUCUCACGAAUUAUGUUAAGGGUUGUGGAGUGUAA